AUAUCGCUGUUUUCUUUUGUUGAGGAAUAUUUUUUUAUUUUGAUUUUUUUUAACUCAUCAAUCUUGAAGUAAAGAAGACAACCAGACACUUUAUUUGUUUCUCAGUUGGAGCACUCACCAUUGAGGUUUUUUCUCUUCUAAGUACACAACCAUGUGGCCAUCACAGAUACUAGUCUUCAUGAUGCUCUUAGCACCAAUGGUUCAUGGUGGCAAGCACAAUGAGAGACAUCCAGCCCUUGCUGCUCCACUGCGACAUGCUGAGCGCAACCCAGGAGGCGCUCUCCCACCCAGACAUCUUCUUCAGCAGCCAGCUGCAGAGCGCACUACUGCUCAUCGAGGUCAAGGGCCCAGAGGAACUGCCAGAGGAGUUCGUGGUCCAGGUGCCCAAGGAGCACAGAUUGCAACCCAAGCUUUCAGCCGUGCCCCUAUUCCAAUGGCUGUGGUCCGAAGAGAGCUCUCUUGUGAGAGUUACCCUAUAGAACUACGCUGCCCAGGAACAGAUGUGAUCAUGAUUGAAAGUGCCAACUAUGGGAGGACUGAUGACAAAAUUUGCGACUCAGAUCCUGCUCAGAUGGAGAAUAUCCGAUGCUAUCUACCAGAUGCCUAUAAGAUUAUGUCUCAAAGGUGCAAUAACAGAACUCAAUGUGCAGUGGUGGCAGGCCCUGAUGUUUUUCCAGACCCAUGCCCCGGAACCUAUAAAUACCUUGAAGUGCAGUAUGAAUGUGUUCCUUACAAAGUGGAACAAAAAGUUUUUCUUUGUCCUGGACUACUCAAAGGAGUAUACCAGAGUGAACAUUUAUUUGAGUCUGACCACCAAUCUGGGGCAUGGUGCAAAGACCCUCUCCAGGCUUCUGACAAGAUUUAUUACAUGCCCUGGACCCCAUACAGAACUGAUACUUUGACUGAGUACUCCUCUAAGGAUGACUUCAUUGCUGGAAGGCCAACAACAACGUACAAACUCCCUCACAGGGUAGAUGGCACAGGAUUUGUGGUGUAUGAUGGGGCUUUGUUCUUCAACAAGGAGCGCACCAGGAACAUCGUGAAGUUUGAUUUAAGGACUAGAAUAAAGAGUGGAGAAGCUAUCAUUGCAAAUGCCAAUUACCAUGAUACAUCCCCUUACAGAUGGGGAGGCAAAUCUGACAUCGACCUGGCCGUGGAUGAGAAUGGGUUGUGGGUAAUCUAUGCAACGGAACAAAACAAUGGCAAAAUUGUCAUUAGUCAAUUGAACCCUUAUACUCUUCGGAUUGAAGGAACAUGGGAUACCGCCUAUGAUAAAAGAUCGGCUUCCAACGCAUUUAUGAUCUGUGGGAUUCUGUAUGUGGUCAAAUCUGUGUAUGAGGAUGAUGACAAUGAGGCCACAGGGAAUAAAAUUGACUAUAUUUACAAUACAGAUCAAAGUAAGGAUAGUUUGGUGGAUGUACCCUUUCCUAAUUCAUACCAGUACAUAGCAGCUGUGGAUUACAACCCGAGGGACAAUCUUCUUUAUGUCUGGAAUAACUAUCAUGUUGUGAAAUAUUCUUUGGAUUUUGGACCUCUGGACAGUAGAUCAGGGCAGGCACAUCAUGGACAGGUGUCAUACAUCUCUCCACCGGUUCACCUUGAUUCUGAACUAGAAAGACCCCCUAUAAGAGAUAUCUCUACCACAGGACCUGUUGGCAUGGGAAGCACCACAACCAGUACUACCCUCCGGACCACAACUUGGAAUCCCAGCAGGAGUACCACUCCAUCCAUGUCAGGAAGGAGAAAUCGGAGCACCAGCACCCCAUCUCCAUCUGUUGAGGUUCUGGAUGAUAUUACUACACACCUUCCAUCAUCAUCUUCCCAAAUUCCAAUUGUGGAAGAAAGCUGUGAGGCCGUAGAAGCACGAGAAAUCAUGUGGUUUAAGACCCGCCAAGGACAGAUGGCAAAACAGCCAUGUCCAACAGGAACUAUUGGAGUAUCAACAUAUCUCUGCCUUGCUCCUGGAACAUGGGAUCCCCAAGGACCAGACCUCAGUAACUGUUCUUCUCCUUGGAUCAACCAUAUAACUCAAAAGUUGAAAUCUGGAGAGACAGCUGCCAACAUUGCUAGAGAACUGGCUGAGCAGACAAGAAAUCAUUUGAAUGCAGGGGACAUAACCUACUCGGUGCGCGCCAUGGAUCAACUGGUAGGGCUCCUGGAUGUGCAGCUGCGGAACCUGACCCCUGGAGGAAAAGAUAGUGCUGCCCGUAGUUUGAACAAGCUUCAGAAAAGAGAGCGCUCUUGCAGAGCCUAUGUCCAGGCAAUGGUUGAGACAGUUAACAACCUCCUUCAGCCACAGGCCUUGAAUGCGUGGAGAGACCUGACUACAAGUGAUCAGCUACGGGCAGCCACCAUGUUGCUUGACACUGUGGAGGAGAGUGCAUUUGUGCUGGCUGAUAACCUUUUGAAAACUGACAUUGUCAGAGAGAACACUGACAAUAUUCAAUUAGAAGUUGCGAGGUUGAGUACAGAGGGAAAUUUAGAAGAUCUAAAAUUUCCAGAAAAUAUGAUUCAUGGAAGCACCAUCCAACUUUCUGCAAAUACUUUAAAACAAAAUGGCCGAAAUGGAGAGAUAAGAGUGGCCUUUGUCCUGUAUAACAACUUGGGUCCUUAUUUGUCCACGGAAAAUGCGAGCAUGAAAUUGGGAACAGAAGCUAUGUCCACCAAUCAUUCUGUUAUCGUCAAUUCUCCUGUUAUUACAGCAGCAAUAAACAAAGAAUUUAGUAAUAAGGUUUAUUUGGCUGAUCCCGUGGUGUUUACUGUUAAACAUAUUAAGCAAUCUGAGGAAAAUUUCAACCCUAACUGUUCAUUUUGGAGCUAUUCCAAGCGCACAAUGACAGGUUAUUGGUCAACACAAGGCUGUCGACUGCUGACAACAAAUAAGACACAUACGACAUGUUCUUGUAACCACCUAACCAAUUUUGCUGUUCUGAUGGCACAUGUGGAGGUUAAGCACAGUGACGCAGUCCAUGACCUUCUUCUGGAUGUGAUUACAUGGGUUGGAAUUUUGCUGUCUCUUGUUUGUCUCCUCAUUUGUAUCUUCACAUUUUGCUUUUUCCGCGGGCUCCAGAGUGAUCGUAACACCAUCCACAAAAAUCUCUGCAUAAGUCUUUUUGUAGCAGAACUGCUCUUUCUCAUUGGAAUCAACAGAACAGACCAACCAAUUGCCUGUGCAGUUUUUGCUGCCCUCUUACAUUUCUUCUUCUUAGCUGCAUUCACUUGGAUGUUUCUGGAGGGUGUGCAACUCUAUAUCAUGUUGGUGGAAGUUUUUGAGAGUGAGCAUUCAAGAAGGAAAUAUUUUUACCUGGUGGGCUAUGGCAUGCCUGCACUCAUUGUGGCAGUGUCUGCAGCAGUAGAUUAUAGGAGUUAUGGAACAGAUAAAGUAUGUUGGCUCAGACUUGACACCUACUUCAUUUGGAGUUUUAUAGGACCAGCGACCUUGAUAAUUAUGCUUAAUGUAAUCUUCCUUGGGAUUGCUUUAUAUAAAAUGUUUCAUCAUACUGCCAUUCUGAAACCUGAAUCAGGCUGCCUUGAUAAUAUCAACUAUGAGGAUAACAGACCCUUCAUCAAGUCAUGGGUUAUAGGUGCAAUAGCUCUUCUCUGCCUAUUAGGAUUGACCUGGGCCUUUGGACUCAUGUAUAUUAAUGAAAGCACAGUCAUCAUGGCGUAUCUUUUCACCAUUUUCAAUUCUCUACAGGGAAUGUUUAUAUUCAUUUUCCAUUGUGUCCUACAAAAAAAGGUACGAAAAGAAUAUGGGAAAUGUCUGCGAACACAUUGUUGUAGUGGCAAAAGUACAGAGAGUUCCAUUGGCUCAGGGAAAACAUCUGGUUCUCGAACUCCUGGACGCUACUCUACAGGCUCACAGAGUCGAAUUCGUAGAAUGUGGAAUGACACCGUCAGAAAGCAGUCAGAGUCUUCCUUCAUUACUGGAGAUAUAAACAGUUCAGCAUCACUCAACAGAGAGCCCUACAGAGAGACAAAGGGGCUUCUGAACAAUGCCAGGGAUACAAGUGUCAUGGAUACUCUACCACUGAAUGGUAACCAUGGCAAUAGUUACAGCAUUGCCAGUGGUGAAUACCUGAGCAACUGUGUGCAAAUCAUAGACCGUGGCUAUAACCACAAUGAGACCGCCCUAGAGAAAAAGAUUCUGAAGGAACUCACUUCCAACUAUAUCCCUUCUUACCUGAACAACCAUGAGCGCUCCAGCGAGCAGAAUAGGAAUCUGAUGAAUAAGCUGGUGAACAACCUUGGUAGUGGGAGUGAAGAUGAUGCCAUUGUCCUGGAUGACGCCACCUCCUUUAAUCAUGAGGAGAGUUUGGGUCUGGAACUCAUUCAUGAGGAAUCCGAUGCUCCUUUGCUGCCACCAAGAGUUUACUCUACAGAUAACCACCAGCCACACCAUUAUACCAGAAGGCGGAUCCCCCAAGAUCAUAGCGAGAGUUUUUUCCCUUUGCUAACUAACGAGCACACAGAAGAUCUCCAGUCACCCCACCGGGACUCUCUUUAUACCAGCAUGCCAGCACUGGCUGGUGUGCCCGGCACAGAAAGCGUUACAACCAGCACUCAGACCGAACCCCCGCCGGCCAAAUGUGGUGAUGCCGAAGAUGUUUACUACAAAAGCAUGCCAAACCUAGGCUCCAGAAACCACGUCCAUCAGCUGCACAUCUACUACCAGCUAGGUCGCGGGAGCAGUGAUGGAUUUAUAGUUCCUCCAAACAAAGAUGGGACCCCUCCGGAGGGAAGUUCAAAGGGACCUGCUCAUUUGGUCACUAGUCUAUAGAAUAUGACACCAAGUCAAAUCAACAAGACCGCUCACACCAGGUUGACUAUUCAGAGCUGAUAUAAGCAGUGGUCAUCAUGUGUGUACUCCUAAAUCUUUAUGCUUAUUUCUUGAAAGACAAACUCUCAGACUUUCUUUCCUUUUCUCUCUCUUUUUUUUUUAAACUUGAAUUUUUAGGUGAGCCCAAAAGGAGAGACAUAACUGCUGAAAUUCCUCUAUGCCCUUAGCAUUCCUGUCCUUGCCCCACUCAGAUGGAGACUUCAUUAUGUUAAUGAACGAGAUAUGAAGAAAAUGGCACUCAUUGUGGCCUUGUUGCAUUAUGUUGUGUUUGUUCUAACAUCUCUGAUGCUCUGUUGCUAUCAUGACAUGGACCUGAUUUUGAAAAGGCCAAAAGAGUUGUUUGAAAUUAGUAACACUGCUGCAUCUAGAUCGGAGUGCUGCACAAACAAACAUAAGAGUGAAGCAAAACUAUCACAUUGUGGGUUUUAGUCACAACCUGAAUUUACCACAGUGAGAAUAGCUGUGGAAUAAAGAAAAAAAAAACAAAUUUUAAAAACAACAAAAUUAAUAAUGAAAUGGAGGGGAAUUCUAGAAUUAUAUGCUAAAUGCAUAUUUAAUGAUUUGCUGUAUUAACUGAUGACAAAACUAAUGGCAGAGAAAAAUUUGAACAAUUUCUAUGUAAUGUACAGAUACUAGCAUUGCACAUAUAGUCUGCUUUCUGUUCCUCCAGAAUUUGAGUCCUGUUAAUGUAGUGGAAAAAAAAAAAAGAAUUCUUUUUCUUUUGUGCUGGUCUUGCAAGUUUGUCUACCAGUAAGAGAGCAACGUUUCUUUCCUUUCUUCUUAGGUUCAUUUUCCUCAUUUUCCCCUUGUUUCUUUUUUUAUUUAACUUUGCAAAUAAAUAAAUAAAUGAAACUAUCACUUUAUAAGAAUCAUUUUCUAGUAACGCAAACAAAAUUAUUUUUUACAAAAAAAAAUAAAUAAAUAUAGACUUCCCGCACUCUAUAUCUUUAUCCAGCCAGAAUAUCUCAAAGAGCAUUUUUUCUCCUUGCAAAUUAGAGCAGGAUGAAUGUUUAUGUUUACAGCUCACUUUUGUUGUAAUGCAAAUCAAAUUUGGCAAGCAGUUCAUCACUAGGACAGUAGCUAUGAUUCUAGAAGUCAAAAGGUGUCCAUAGGACUAGCAGGGCUUCUGCAUGUGAAAAAAUGGUAUCCCAUAGGCGUUAAAGUGCCGGCUGCUCAGUCUCACCUCCAAGUGGCACCUAAACUAUCAAUUUUAAAAGGAAAUUCACUCCCUUGUAGUCAAAAUGGAAAGGUAAAGUUAUUUUGAAGUGAGUUUUAUUUUUAAAUCAAAUCCCUUCUGUUAAGAGAAAAAAAAUUAUUUAUUUGACAGGAUUUUAAGUAAUGUAGGAAUACAAGAGGUAAAUUAGCAGUACAUAUAAUUUUUUUAAAUUUAUGAUCCAUUUUGUAUGGUCUCAAAGUUAUGACCUCAUUACUAAUAUUUGUUGUAAAAGUGAAACUUGUUUGCCAACCAAUAAACAACUGAUUGAGAUUUAGAA